CAACGAAGUGGGAGAAACCGCAGAGUGUCAUUGAACACCCUUUGAUUAUUCCUUCUAAGGGCGCAUGCGCUGUGCCUAAAGCGGAAGUAACCAUCAUGUCGUUAGAAGACCCAUUUUUCGUUGUGAAGGGGGAGGUGCAGAAGGCCUUGUCUCGUGCUCGGGUCCUUUUUGAUAGAUGGGAGGAACUGUUGCAGGAUGGGACACAGGUGAGUCGUGAUGAACUGGAUUGGAGCACCAAUGAACUGAGGAACUGUCUGAGGGCCAUAGAUUGGGACCUGGAGGACCUCAGUGAAACCAUCAAUAUCGUGGAGUCGAACCCGGGGAAGUUUAAACUGGGAGAAGAUGAACUUAAGGAGAGGAGAGACUUUGUGGAGAGAACCAGGUCAGCCGUCCAGGAGAUGAAGGAUCAGUUGUCCAGCCCCUCUGCUGUGGCUCAGGCAGAGAAGAAGAACAGACAGGCUCUGCUGACCUCAACAGGUCAGGACAGGUCAUCGGGACUGGACGCUCAUAUGGUGUCUGCAAACUCCAGAUACAUCGAGGAGCAACAAGAGCAACAGCAGCUGAUCAUGGAGGAGCAGGAUGAGCAGCUGGAGUUGGUGUCAGGCAGCAUCAGAGUCCUCAAAGACAUGUCAGGACGCAUAGGGGACGAGCUGGACGAGCAGGCUGUCAUGUUGGGGGAUUUUGGAGACGAGAUGGACCAGACAUCAUCCCGGAUGGAUUCAGUACUAAAGAAGCUGGAGAAGGUGUCACACAUGACCAGCAGUCGGAGACAGUGGUGCGCUAUCGCUGUGCUUGUCGCCGUACUGAUUGUUGUCCUCAUCCUCUUCUUUGCCCUCUGAUACUGGUGACCUCUGACCUCUCGACUACGUUAAGUGUCUCCUCUCUGAUGAAGGACGGACAAACGGAUGAAAAGAAACAGUAUCAAGGGACGUGUCCUCUCCUCUCCCCCCCCCUCCAAUCCCUCCCUCCCUUCAUCACUCCGAGGAGGAAGAGGUGGCCUGCAGAGAUAUGAAUCCUCCUCCCCUCUGCUUUUAAUGAUUGUUGUGAACGAAGCUGCUUUUAGUAGAAGGGAAACCCCAUGUGGUAUUUUCAUACUGGUGCAUUUCGUAAAAAAAAAAAAAAAAAAGAAUGGUACUGAACGAGGGGUGGGCGAGAGCAGGAGUCUGCUGCCGUCAGCUUUAAAACGCAAAUCUGCAAAUCAAGGCGUAUCCAGGAUAUUUCUUGACCUGUCAUUACUAACAUGGAAGUUUGAAACUCACAUGAAUCAAGCGUUUAUUGACGGUUAACUUUGUUUUGUUGUUGAAACUGAACAAUAUUGUAAAACAAUGGUUGGUGACCUUAGGAGUUGACUUGUUUUUAUAAUCUGUACUAACUUUUGAAUGAUGCUGACGUAAAACUAUAUUUUAAAAGUGCUUUAAAGGAGUGAAAGUAUUUGUUGAUAUAAAGUUGUUGAUAUUGAAGAAUCACUUUCAGUCACGCUGAUCGAUAUUUUGCAAGAAAAUGCAGUUUUUGUGUUUAAGGCCGACAGAAGCAGCAGCGUGGGAGAGAGAAGAUUAAGGGAGGGACUGGGUUUUUCAGUGUUGCCUUAAAUAUAUUUUUAUAAUGUGACUGUGCAGUAUGUUAAUGUGCCUAUAUGUCAAAAACGAGAGGGAAUGUAUCAGCAAGUACUAGAAGAGAGCAGUGAUAAUUACACAAACAUGGCAGCAGCUGAUCUCACUAAUCAACAGAUUGAUUUAUGGAAGGGUGAAAUCAGCUGCUGUGGUCAAAUCUAAAGAAUAGAAGGCUCUAAAGGAAGAUGACACCACGUGCUGAUUUUUCCAUACCACGCACAGAUCAGCGAUCUUCUUGCCAGUGGACAGCAGCGGUUCCUUUCAUCCCCCCUCUGAUCCAUCUCUUUGACAGGUGAUGUGAGGUCUGCAGCGUGCCGCCUUGGCGCCCUGCAGGCGGGAGAAGCACACGAUUGGCUGCAGUUUUGUUCCUCUCACUGGAGCGAUGAGAGACAACCUUGGCUCGGAGCGAAUGGGUUCGCCUGUUUUAUUGAGAAGCUUUUGCUAAUGAGAGGACGAACAGUUGCUGGGCAGGAUGCCUCUGACAGCAGCCUUCAUUUAGACUCACAGCGCCCUCUGCUGGACUCUGCAGGUCAUGUAUUCUCUUUGUGUCAUGUCAGGUAACGCUGCCCACGCUAGGGUGUGUGCAGCACUGUGUAAUAGAUAAAGGAUGAUGCUUUGAAGUUGUGUGAAUUACAUGUUUCCUCUACAGUCGUA